GCGGAGUGUGAUUGGAUUAGAGCCGGUUACCCUUUCCCCUCUAACCCGGUGAUGUUGGCUGUUUCCUGCUCUUUCUGCUCCGCUGCUGGAGCCGCGUUGAACACACAGCGACAAGGCGCACACGGCUCGGCUGUCUGCGGCUCCCGUCUCCGCCACCGGACCAGGACCAGGCGCACACGAGCAGUUUUCGGCUCCGACUCCCAGCAAUGCGAAGGAAGUCCAGGAUACUGCUAUGCUUCGCCGUCCUUUGGGUGCUUGGCAUCGCUUAUUACUUCUAUUCCGGGACAGCUUUGAACCGAAAGGAUGACUGGAACGGCGCUGAGCCUCUGAAGAGGAAAGAGGCGCAGAGCAGCGAUGGAGACGACAAGGCCCGCGGGCCAGAGACCCUGCCCCCAGGCAAAGUGAGGUGGCAGGACUUUGACCAAGAUCUGUAUGUUGGUGCCACGGUGGUGAGGCCUGGACAAGACCCUUACGCUCGGAAUAAAUUCAACCAGGUAGAGAGCGACAAGCUCCGCAUGGACAGGGCGGUUCCCGACACCAGGCAUGAUCAUUGCCGACGGAAACAGUGGCGGACGGACCUCCCUGCUUCUAGUGUGGUCAUCACCUUCCACAACGAGGCGCGGUCUGCACUCCUGCGCACGGUUGUCAGUGUUCUCAAGAAAAGCCCCCCUCACCUCAUCAAAGAAAUUAUAUUAGUGGAUGAUUACAGCGACAAUGCUGAAGACGGCGCUUUGUUGGCAAAAAUUGAGAAAGUGCGGGUUCUGCGCAAUGACCGGCGAGAAGGGCUCAUGAGGUCCAGGGUGAGGGGGGCGGACGCCGCUGUGGCCAAAGUGCUCACCUUCCUGGACAGCCACUGCGAGUGCAACGAACAGUGGCUGGAGCCCCUGCUGGAGAGAGUGGCAGAGGACAGAACUCGAGUUGUGUCCCCCAUUAUCGAUGUCAUCAAUAUGGAUAACUUCCAGUACGUAGGGGCUUCAGCAGACCUCAAGGGUGGGUUUGACUGGAACCUGGUGUUCAAGUGGGAUUACAUGACGCUGGAGCAGCGGAGAGCUCGCCAGGGGAACCCCAUCGCUCCCAUCAAAACACCCAUGAUCGCCGGAGGCCUCUUCGUCAUGGAUAAAGACUACUUCGAGGAGCUGGGAAAAUACGACAUGAUGAUGGACGUCUGGGGUGGCGAAAAUUUAGAGAUCUCCUUCCGAGUGUGGCAGUGUGGGGGCAGUCUGGAAAUCAUUCCGUGCAGCCGAGUGGGACAUGUCUUCCGCAAACAGCACCCUUACACCUUCCCUGGGGGCAGUGGGACGGUGUUUGCCAGGAACACUCGAAGGGCUGCAGAGGUGUGGAUGGACGAAUUUAAGAAUUUCUACUAUGCUGCUGUGCCUUCUGCUCGGAACGUCCCAUAUGGCAACAUUCAGAGCCGAAUGGAAAUGAAAAAGAGGCUCGCCUGCAAACCUUUCAAGUGGUACCUGGAGAAUGUGUAUCCUGAGCUGAGGGUACCAGACCACCAGGACAUUGCGUUUGGAGCCCUACAGCAGGGCAGCAACUGUUUGGACACCCUGGGGCAUUUUGCAGACGGUGUUGUUGGAGUGUACGAGUGCCACAAUGCUGGAGGCAACCAGGAAUGGGCCCUGACUAAGGAUAAAUCUGUCAAGCACAUGGAUCUGUGCCUGACGGUGGUUGACCGGGCUGCAGGAUCGCAAAUCAAGCUGCAGGGGUGCCGAGAGAACGACAGCAGGCAGAAAUGGGAGCAGAUUGAAAACAACUCCAAGCUGAGGCACGUGGGCAGUAACCUGUGUCUGGACAGCCGCAGUGCCCGGAGUGGGGGGCUGACCGUGGAGGUGUGCAGUCCAUCCCUCACACAGCAGUGGAAGUUCACGUUGAACCUGCAGCAGUAAAGAGGCCGCGGAGCAAGAAAAUCCUCUCAAAUCCAGCACAUACUAAAGAGAGAGACGCAAGGAAAUUGAGCUGAAAGAAGAAUAAUAAGGACAGAGAGAAAGAGAUGAUCUCCAUCUCACUAUAUACCUCAGUGUUUCAUCCUGGCCCAGCGUUGGAACUAAACCCUUUUUUGACGCCAGUGGAAUUGGAAGGGUUUUCCCUGCAUUUCGCUGAAUAUCUCUGCAUUCCCAGUGGAUAUUAAUUUUGAUUUCAUUUUUAAUUCCUCAUCCUGUAGAAUGUAAAGACGUUAUAGAGUCCCUUACCUUAUCAGGCUGUGCCUCUUUGGAAAAGUGGCGAAGCGGUCGGUCAAGACUACGUUUUUGAACUGCUGAGGGGAAGCAGAUCCUGACUCCCAGCACCUCCUUUCGGCAGAAGAAACUGGUGCCCGAGUCGGGUGUUUUUUUUUUUCCAAACUGCUGGAGAAAUACCUGUUCUAUUUUCUAUGAUGUAAUAUCCGAAAUAUUUCUAUUUCUAUUUGAGAGUCUGAAUCGUACUGUAGGAAUCAAGGUUUUCGAUACGGAAAAAAACGAUACGCUGAAGAGGCCUCCAACACAAACUGGGAGCAGAGUUAUUGAAACAGGUGAUUUGUUGCUGCUGGACCUGUGUGGACUGUAGCACUGGAUGCUACUGUUCUUCAGUAUUUAACUUACCCCCUUUGCCCUGUGUGGUAAUCUGGAAAAAAACAAUAGAUAGGCGCUCUUUUAUUUUUGUAAACCUCAAAAGAGCGAAGAAAGGUCUGUCAUGCUCUGUGUGUUUUCUUUCAGCGACAUUGAAGAAACAGUAAUAACGCUAAGAAGAACGAUCAAAGCCAACCAAAUUGAGUUUCACCUUCUGUAAAAUAUUCUAGCUGUAUUUCUGGUUUUGGUGUAUGUAAAGAGCCCCACCUUCUCGGUCAGUUCCUUGUUUCCCUCUAAGAUGCACCUUUAGUUUGUCACCUGCGCCCAAGGUUGUGGGCUGAGCUUUGUAGGGCAGGAAGGAGGCUGGGUCAGCACGUAGAAAAAAGGAGAUGUGACACAGGCGUGCGUUCAGCUGGGCUGGUCUCUGUUUCAGUUGGUUUUCCAGCAACGGGCAGGUUUGAGAAACUCAAAUUCGGCCAUGUUUGUCUUUCAAAGUUAAAUCCUUGCACCACAUCAGUUCUCUUCAGAGUUGAACUUACCUGGUCAUGGUCCGGGGAAGCUGGCAGGAAAAGGCUGUAAGGAAACUGUACCAAGCAGUCAAGGGAUGGUUAUUUCACUGCACGUUCUUUUGUGUUAUGAUUGACCAUUUUAAGUCCCAGUUAUUAUGAUUUUUAUUUUUUUCUGAUUUCUUAAAAACAGAGGUAAUUGCCUUUCGAGAUGCCCAUCACAUGUGAAAUGUGCUUCAUGUGCGUCAGCAAAGUAUUCCAAAGACUAUGAAAGGAAGGCAAAGAAGGGGCUACCAUCUCUUAAGUCAGUCCUGCACAUACAAAGACUGAAAAAAGCAAUAAGAUACCCUGAUGUGGCUCUUAUGCCUACAGGCUGCGCACAUGUACUUAAUAACAUCUAAAAGCCGUCAAACCGUUGCAGCAGAUUUAGUCUUCUUGACUCCAGAGAUUAGCAGGAAAUGUGGCCAUUUUGCAUGUGAGAAACUGUAGCUGCACAUUGCACAAAAAGGGGUGCCUGUAGGUCUGGAGUUGAUUGAGAACGGCCUUCUUGUCUGAAGAGUGAACAUCUUUAACACCAGCCAGCGUGUCAAAGAGAAAUGCACUCGCAGAGCAUGGAGGAAAAAGUCAUUCAUAUGUAACCCUUGUCAUAACUGUGACAGCACAUGGUGCUUCAUAGCAGAACGGAGAGCAAGACUCAUCAGAUGUCCUUUGAGAAUCUAGAAGUGGUUGAAUCGAGCCUUUUUUGUAAGAUAGUUCUAAAACAAUUCUUUAGUUCAUUUUAAGGAAAGUGGGGAUGGGGGCGGGGAAGAAUGGAAAAACAACUACUUUAAUACUUUUUAAUUGGAUGAAAUGUUUACAUAGCACAGUGUGCCAAAGUUAUUUACUGUUUCAUUUACAAUGUCAAUGGAUUUGUACUUUAAUUUAGAAAAAAAUGCACCUGGUAGUAUAAGAUAAAAAAAAUAUAUGAACCCAUUGUGAAAUGACAGUAAGCCUCCUUACUUCAUCUGUUACAAAUCCUCUGGUAAUUGAUAGUCCCAGUCAAUUGAAGUCCUACUAAUCAUCAUGUAAAAGUCACUUUUUCUGAGAGUGGGGGUGGGCAGGGGAGUGGGUACAACACAACAUCUGUAAAUCAAGCCAUGUGGUACAGCAACUGGUUUAUAAAAAUAAAAUGAUGAUAGUUGGUCUACUGUAUAGAGCUUGUAAUUGUUCAAUGUUUUAUAGAUAUGGCGAAAAAACAACUUUGGACGAGAAAAAGAUUAACUUAAAUAAAUCUGUUUAUACAUAAAGGGAA